AUGAGCUUAGAUCGCCAGGAUGUUCAGAAGGAGCAGUUGGAAGGUGCUCCAAAGCCUGCCUUGCAGACUCUAUCCAAGUUUCCAUCUGGUUCAAAUGCAGCCAAGGAGCUGAUUAAGGAGAAAACUCCCUCAAUCUGGGUUCGUACUAGGAAGUACCUCGCCGAACCAAUGGUGGCUGCAUUUAUGGCUGGUGGAGUGGCUGGUGCAGUUUCCAGGACAAUAGUGUCGCCACUCGAAAGAUUGAAAAUCCUUCUUCAGAUUCAAAGCGUCGGUCGAACAGAAUACAGAUUGUCAAUCUGGAAAGCCUUAGUAAAGAUGGGGCGGGAAGAAGGCUGGCGGGGCUUCAUGCGAGGAAAUGGAACAAACUGUAUUCGCAUUAUCCCCUACUCUGCGUUCGUAGAGUCUCCCGAUGGUGAGAUGACCCCGAUGCUUCGCCUUUUUUGUGGCGGUCUUGCCGGUAUCACUUCGGUGACUAUCACCUAUCCUCUGGACAUUGUUCGAACACGACUUUCCAUUCAAUCUGCUUCAUUUGCCGAACUUGGAGCAAGAGAUCCAAGCCAGAAACUGCCAGGCAUGUUCACGACAAUAGCCAUGAUCUAUAAAAAUGAAGGUGGGACAAAGGCUCUAUACCGUGGAAUUGUUCCUACUGUUGCUGGGGUAGCUCCAUACGUGGGACUCAAUUUCAUGACCUACGAAUCGGCGCGCAAGUAUCUAACACCAGAAGGGGACAAAAACCCUAGCUCUUGUCGAAAAUUACUCGCCGGCGCGGUCUCUGGAGCAGUCGCCCAGACCUGUACCUAUCCUUUUGAUGUCCUACGUCGGCGAUUCCAGAUCAACACAAUGUCGGGAAUGGGUUACCAAUACACCUCAAUCUGGGAUGCUGUGAGGGUCAUCGUGGCUGAAGAGGGACUACGUGGACUCUUCAAGGGGAUAGGGCCGAAUCUUCUGAAACCGAAAGUCAAGGAUCAAAAACCUCCUGCACUUUCCAUACGGGUGCGACAGCAAGCUAUUUCCCGGGAAGUCGACCAAUACACAGCCAUGGGUAUCGACUUGGACCGCCACCAUGUGCGGAGCAGCCACCGCAAGGCUCCCAAGAGCGACAACGUCUACUUGAAGGUUCUGGUGAAGCUCUACCGCUUCUUGGCUCGCCGCACCGAGUCCAACUUCAACAAGGCCGUCCUUCGUCGUCUCUUCAUGUCGAGAAUCAACCGCCCCCCUGUUUCACUUUCUCGCGCUGUCGCCAACAUCAGCGAGGCGCAGAAGGGCAAGACCGUCGUCGUUGUCGGCACUGUCACCGAUGACAACCGCCUUUUGACCGUCCCCAAGCUGUCGAUUGCUGCCCUCCGUUUCACCGCUACCGCUCGCGCUCGCAUUGAGAAGGCUGGUGGUGAGACUUUGACUCUUGACCAGCUUGCUCUCCGUGCUCCUACCGGUGCCAACACUCUCCUCCUGCGUGGACCUAAGAACGCCCGUGAGGCCGUGAAGCACUUCGGCUUCGGUCCUCACACCGACAAGAAGCCGUACGUGGCAAGCAAGGGCCGCAAGUUCGAGCGGGCCCGUGGACGCAGAAGGUCCAAGGGCUUCAAGGUCUAA